GGGUCUUGUUCGCCGCUCUGGCGGCCCUGCCUCGUUGCAGCUAGGUGACUCGAUGCACAGAGCAUCCUCGGACCAGAGCUGGUCAGAGGGCCUCUCAUAGAAGGUACGCUCCCAGGAGACAUGCCUCCUCCGGCGAAACCAAGAAAGAUCACCUUUGAUCAGGCUGUUUCAUGCUAUCGGGUCUACAAACGGUGUCAGAACCAAAAAGAGAAAACCAGGUUGACGAAACUGUGGGCGGAGAAGUAUAACUGCUCACAUACGACUAUUAUGCGUGCCAUUGAAGAAGGCGAGGCUAAGGCAAACAAAACAGCGUCAUCCUCUUCACAGCGCACAUCUUCGUCCACCCGACGACGACCUUCAUCUUCGAUUUCUGUGACUUCCCCUGCACGUCAGGAACGCCGAAGCCCGCGAGUCACUGGUGUCCGCGAGACCAGUCUCGAAAUUCCGCAAGCUCCAGCGGACGUCAUCAUAUUUCUCAACAAGUUCAAGUUAGGUCAUUUAGCACCUGUAUUUCGUGAACGCGGGUAUUCUACCGUGGAGGACAUUGACGGCCUCAUCCGACUGCCUGGUGGGACACAGGAGGCCGUUUUAAAUGAGUUCAAGAGGGAUAAGCGGAUGUGUUUGAAAGAGUGGGCUCUCAUUCACGCUGAGAUCUCGACUCCACAACAGUAAUUGCAGGUAUACAAUGUUCUUGUAGACAAAUGACUUUGAUGUAUAGUACGGGGAUUGUAGUAUGUAUGGACAGCAAGGGAAUCAAUAAGGUAUGGAUAUGUGU